UCGUGACUCAAUCAAAACUAGCUUUUACCGGAACUAUCAAGAGCUGAUGCGCCUGUUUUUUACUCUGAAUUUAUAGGAAUAUAACUAAACGGAAAGAGUAGCUACGUUCAUAUAGUUAUUUAGCUUUACAUAGCUAGCUAAAUUUGUUAAAGUUCAAACUAAUCGUUUCCAGUGACUGUAUAUUUCAUGAUCCCGCGCGCGCUACUGAGGAAAUUGUGCGCGGGUUAGAUAUUUGUUAGUCUUCCUUUUCAUCAUUGACAACUUUUGCGACGUGUGGAUGUUCUGCCAUUCACCUACAUUGACUGUUGAACAAUGGGUGACCGUUUAGUCUGCAUGAUAGCCCAGAGCCAAAGAAACCCUAACAAAGAUAGUAAAAUUACAGGAUAGCAAUACGCCCACACUUUACCUCACCAUAAUUUAUUUCUGUUCAGUCAGGGACAACUCAUAAGCUACUCCCAGUGAGUUUAGUUAACCCUCAUAUCCCUACGGGUUCGGGUCUUGAAGAGAAGUUACUGUAUACACACAUCAUACCUCUUUUAAUUUUGCUGUUAGUAAACAUCACAUCUAUUUUCAUAUACAUUCCCUUAUAUUGUGAAGCAAAUCAGUCUUUAGAGAAAUCAAUCACGCACAAUGGUUUCGACAACUCUCGCCACCCUCACCCUGAUGGGCACCACACUAGGAAUAAUGGCCCAGGUCACUGGUGGACAACUGACAGACUACAUGUGGCUCCUCAUAGUUGGCUUUAUCAUCGCCUUCAUCCUAGCCUUUUCUGUGGGGGCCAAUGACGUGGCGAACUCAUUUGGCACGGCAGUGGGCUCUGGAGUGGUCACCUUGCGGCAGGCAUGCAUCCUGGCCACUAUCUUUGAGACCGUUGGCUCUGUGCUUCUGGGAGCCAAGGUCAGCGAGACCAUCCGCAAGGGCAUCAUUGAUGUUGGCAUGUACAACGGCUCUGAACACGUGCUGAUGGCUGGCUCUGUCAGUGCCAUGUUUGGUUCUGCAGUAUGGCAGUUGGUGGCCUCUUUUCUCAAGCUGCCGAUCUCAGGUACCCACUGCAUUGUGGGUGCUACCAUUGGCUUCUCUCUGGUGGCCAAAGGUCAACAUGGGGUCAGGUGGCUGGAACUCCUCCGGAUUGUUGCCUCCUGGUUCCUCUCCCCCCUUCUGUCUGGCAUCAUGUCAGGCGUCCUUUUCUACUUUGUACGUAUGUUCAUCUUGCACAAGAAAGACCCAGUGCCCAACGGUCUGAAGGCCCUGCCUGUCUUCUAUGCUGUCACCAUGAUGAUCAACAUGUUCUCCAUCAUCUUCACUGGAGCUCCAAUGCUUGGAUUUGACAAGGUCCCAUGGUGGGGCACACUGCUCAUCUCUUUGGCCUGUGGUGUGCUUACUGCCCUGUUGGUCUGGUUCAUUGUCUGCCCACGCCUCAAGAAGAAGAUUGAACGAAAAAUCAAGUCUUCCAGCCCCUCUGAGAGCCCACUGAUGGAUAAGAGGGAACUGAGGGAGGAGCCUGUACCCUGUACCAUCCUGAAGCCUGUCCCUGAGGAGCCCCCUUCACCCCCCUCCCCCGUUGACCCAGACUCCCCCUUCCCUGCUGACCCAGACUCCCCCUCCCAGCUUCCCCAAGAGGAGCGCAGGGUAACCUUUGACAUUGGAGAUUCUGAUGAUGGCGACAACAAGGAAUGCAAGGAGUCUGAGAAUGGCAACGUCAAUGUCCAAAAAGUGCAGUUCAGCAACGGCCCAGCCCACGUCCCCAGCAACGGUUACAGCCAGUACCACACUGUGCACAAGGACUCUGGCCUCUACAAGGACCUGCUGCACAAGCUCCACCUUGCCAAGGUAGGCGACUGCAUGGGCGAGGCGGGCGACAGACCCAUCCGCCGCAACAACAGCUACACCUCUUACACCAUGGCCAUCAUCGGCAUGCACGGGGACUUCCGGCCCAAAGAGGGUGAGUUCCACGCCAGCGAGGACAAGGGUACAGAGGAGAAGAAGAAGCGUGUACGCAUGGACAGCUACACCAGCUACUGCAACGCUGUGGCUGAGCACGGGGCUCCUGAGGGCCUGGGGGAGGCAGAGGUGACUCUGGAGAUGGGAGAGGAGGACGCUGGCAGCAGCCGCAGCUCUCUGGAGGAGGAUAGGCAGGACCGGGACCGCCCUGAGGUCUCUGAGCUCUUCAGGUUUCUCCAGAUCCUCACUGCCUGCUUCGGCUCCUUUGCCCAUGGAGGAAAUGACGUCAGCAAUGCCAUUGGUCCCUUGGUAGCUCUGUGGCUGGUUUACAAUAGUGGUUCGGUCAACUCCAGCGCCCCGACACCCAUCUGGCUGCUGUUGUACGGAGGAGUUGGCAUCUGCCUCGGGCUCUGGGUGUGGGGUCGCAGGGUUAUCCAGACCAUGGGCAAGGACCUCACCCCCAUCACUCCCUCCAGUGGUUUCAGCAUUGAACUUGCCUCAGCCCUGACCGUUGUGGUUGCCUCCAACAUUGGCUUGCCUGUCUCCACCACCCACUGUAAGGUGGGCUCUGUGGUAGCGGUUGGCUGGCUGCGCUCCAGGAAGGGUGUGGACUGGCGUCUUUUCCGGAACAUCUUUCUGGCCUGGUUUGUUACUGUGCCCAUUUCAGGCCUGAUCAGCGCUGCCAUCAUGGCCCUCUUCACCUACGUCAUCCUGUGAGCCCAGGGCUGCCUGCACCCCAUAAGAGGGGAGGAGAGAACAAGUGCCCACUCGUGACGGGGGGGGGGGGGCGGAAAGAGAAGGGGUUGGAAGGUGGUUAUAGCCUGCUAACCCCAUGCCAGCACACGAAGGAAGGAAAUGCAUAAAACGUGUUAAAAGGGGGGGGAAAGGACGUUGUGAUAUGGGCCUGUGGUUCUUGGCUGCAUCAUUUCCAACCUUAAGUGAUGAUUGUGUUCGUUUAUACGCCAGAUCACUUCCAAUGGGAACAUCGUUUUCUUUGUAAUUGUAUUUUUUCUGACUUGGCAGAAUUUCUUUUUCAAUGCUCAUGAUCUUGUAAAAAUAGCUAAUCAAAUCAACAAUUUAAUUUUUUUCUUAUACUCCACUACUUACUUUUUUUACAGUGUAAUUAUGUACAUAUACCAUGUUCCUGUUUUUUUUAAUCUUAUUUUACAAGUUUGGAUGACAAAACAACAAUUACAACGCAGUAUUAGCCUUUAGUGAAGCAUCUAUUUCGCCUGUCAUACAUAACACAUGCUCAGAAUAACUUAGAAUAAACCGUAUAUUUUUAGGUUGAAAGUGAGGUUAUUGGUGUUCUUUCUCUACCUUUAAAUGCCAUUGUCAAGAGAGUGUGUUUGUCUUGUCACUAAACAAUUUUAAGAAUUGUGUGUACUUGGAACUGGUUGCCUUGUUUUUCCUUUUGUGCAGGGGAGUUUCAGUUUUCCCCUUGCCAUUUGCUGAUCGAACUGAGUUUGACUGUUACUCAGCCAUUCUACAGAGCCCUUGGUCUGUAGAUCAGUACAGGAAAUGAUGUGCACGCCCCUCAGAGCUAGUUCUCUCAGCUUCCCAUCCGCUUUCUCAACUUGUUACAAUGAUCCCUCAGGUUCUGUACUUUCACUAUUUGGCUCUUGUGAAAGUUAUUCUAAAGAAAUUACUAAUUUUAUGCAGUGUCAGACAACCUCUUAACUGAAACCUGCUCAACAGGAAACCAGACUGAGUAGAGGCUGCAUUUGACAGGCAAAUCUAUCCCUUCCUCAUUGUAGGUCAACAACACAACACCUGGCUGUGGAUUAGACCCCUUUGUCUAUCCAGUUACCAUAAUGCUUUUGUUUUGAGAAUAGAUGGUGUUACUAGGUGACCUGACCUCUCACCUUACAAAGUUGAGCUCCCACCACCCUGGCUUUUGGGACAUCAUUAUUUAAUUGGGAAAGUGGCUAAAAUGUAUUCAAGACAUGUUUAUAAGUUGUCUGAAACAGUACAGUCUAUUUUUAAUCUGGCAGGUUGAUAAAUACAAUUUUUUUUUUUUAUGGGAUCAUUGUAAAAAGUUAUAUUUCUCAACCUUUUCCCAAUUGUUUUGCUGCAAGAAAAAUAUGAUACUAUCUAGUACCAUAAGUAUCUAUUCUGGGUCUGCUUUGGUGUUAUUGAUGGUGUUAGCAGACCUUUUACCUGAAAACAAGGUAAAUCUGAAUAAAUGUACUGAUGGAAUGUUGGUAAAUGUGGGGAGAGACACUUAAAUGAGGUCCUUAGAUUUCCUGUUUUAAACUAGAUGGUGUAAUGUGUUAUUUCUGCUCAAGCCUUCUGUAGUCUGUUUUGAAAUUUAGCUGCAGAAUUGUGAUUUGCCUGUACUGUUGGUUUGUGGAAUGUGUACUUGCCAACACAUCAGGUUGCUCUUGCCACCCUCUCACAGCUAUAUGUUUUAUGUCUGGUUGAUGAGAUUAGUGUGAGAGACAUCAGGUUACUACCCUGAACCUGGUGGAUGAUUUUGGCCUGGGUGGUGUGUGUGUGGACCUUGCCCAGAUGCUCUGUUGGAGAGAGGCGGGCAUCAAUUGCUGCUGUGAUGCCACCAAGAGUUGCGGUACUGAGCUGCUGCACUACUAAACUCAUUUAGAGUUAUAGUUGCCUUAAAAUAGCUUUUUUUCUUUUUUUAGGCACCAAAGAAAAUACUGGUUUGUUAUGCACAGACGGAGUACAUUUGGAGGGAAGAAAAUAAAAAUACAAAGCUAUCA